GGCCAGAUUUGGAGGGCUUUGAAUGCCCGACCGAGGAGCACUCAACCCAGCUCCUGACUCGCUAUUUCCGUUCAAGACCGAAUUACCUAAAGGGUGGUUAAUUCCAACGGAUGUUCUUCUUUGGGGGCUUCUGAAAACACCUCCCCCACGUUUUCCUGCUCUCCACCAGCCGGGCCAGUCGCCUCCCGACCCCCAGCUGCGCCCUCCCCAGCCCGCUGGCCCGCGUAGCCCUAGGCCCCGUGCGCCCCCCUCCCGGCCCACCGCGCCCGCGGUCCGCACACCCUGGUCCACGCCCCCCCGGCGGAGCGGUAGGUGUUGUGCGGUCUGCGCCGGGCCGCAGUGCGGCUGCGCGCACUGGGCUGCCUCCGGGGCUGGUAGGGCAGCGGCGGCCGCGGCGGCGGCUGGGCCGGGAGCGAGCGGCGGCGGCGUGGGGAGUGGUGUGGAGCGGAGCCUGGGGCUGCAGCAGCGCUGGGACUCCGGAGUAGAAAGCCCCGGGGACAAGGAAGGAAGGCCCGGUCGCCAAAUCCCUGAGCAACCGUUCUUCUUCGAUUUUGGGGGGAGCCUGCCUCCCACCUCGUCUUCAAACUCCCCCAUCUCACCCCCCAGCCCCGGCCGCUGA